AUGUCUGGUCGCAAACUGGGAGGCGGGAGGAUAUUGGGAAGUGGAAAGUCGCUGGCGCCUCCCCUCCCUCCGUCCCAGCAACGGAGACCAUCAGAUGUGGUUUCGCCCUCGGCCAGCACGUUGUCGCUGGGCAGUUCGAGAGAGUCUGCCAUUUCCCCUCUGGCGACGUCGCCCAUACCCGACGCUGCACAGGAUCUCAUCUCGAGGGCAUCUUUGGAAAAUGGCGGGCCAUCUAGGGUAUCUGCGGCGAGCAGCAAGCUGACCUGUCCAAUUUGUCAAGAAGAGAUGAUGACAUUAUUGCAGCUGAAUAGGCAUCUCGACGACAAUCACCAAGAGCUACCAGAAGUUGAGCAGGAUGAAGUGAAGAACUGGUUCGACAAGCAGGUGAUGAAGGCGAAGAAGUUCCAACCAUUGGCAGUCAUAAACCAGAAGUUCAAGGGACUGGAUGUAUUCGAGUCGAACGAACCUAUCAUCGCAUCCUCCUCGAGUCCUAGUGUGCUCCCCGGAAACCGAAUAUCAACACCAGAGCCUCAUCGACCCGAUCCGGAUGAGGUGGUUAGCAGGACGCACUGGCAGAAGCCAGGCUUCAACGACAUGUGUACCGAGCCCGCCUGCGGCAAGAGAUUAGGGGCAGUAAAUGGAAAUGUGAAUUGCAGGAAGUGCGGUCGGCUGUUCUGCGAGGACCAUACCAUGUAUCAAAUGAAGCUCUCCCGGUCAGCGCAACAUGAGCCGGUUCGAGGGUUCUGGUGUCGAGUGUGCGAAACGUGCUUUAAAUCGAGGGACGGAUACAAUGACCACAACGGCCUCUUAAAAGACCACACAGGUGACUUCCAGGCGAUGAGGAGGAAAAAGGUGGACAAAGCAUAUCUUGAGGUCUCGCGACUCGAAAAGAGGCUCACGAAACUCACACAACUACUGGCAAAUUCAUCUGAAGACAUCUCGAGCAACAGCGGAGGCAUAAUGUCAUUAGCAGGCCAGAAGAACCAGCGUAAGCAACUAGAACAGUCUAUUGUUACGUGGGAGGAAGAUGCAAAGGUGUCAAACUGCCCAUUUUGUCAGCAGCAAUUUGGGACUUGGUCAUUCCGGCGGCAUCAUUGUCGAUUAUGUGGGCGGGUCGUGUGUGCAGAUCCUCAAACAAGCUGUUCAUCUGAAAUCGGCCUGAAUGUCGCAGCAAAAAAAUCAGGCGACAUAAACCUCGAUAUCCGCAUGUGUCGAGACUGUAAAACAACUAUCUUCAGCAAGAGUGAAUUUGCCGCGGAAGUAUCGCAUAAGCCACCAGACCAGAGAGCAUACGAGAAUUUGAUACAAUUCGAAAAAGGUAUCCGCUUGUUACUGCCGAACUUCCAGCGAUUACUUUUUGCUUUGCAAGACCCCGACAAGCCACCGACUCACAUUCAGCUUGCCGAGGCUUCCAAGGUCCGAAAGCGUCUGAUUGACAGUUUUGGGAAAUACGACUUGGCUGCGAGAAGAAUUCGAGAUAUGAAGACCACAAGUCCUACGCAGUUGAAAUUGCAAAAGUCAAUAUACCAACAAAGUGCAAAUUUUCUUAGUUUGCAUAUGCUACCCCUGAAAACGUUGCCGAAAAUUCUCAAACACGCAUCCCCACAUGGAUCAAGUGGUCUCCCAGCGAACGGUCGAAGCGCAUUAGCAGCUAUAAAAUUUAAUGACAUCGAUACGGCUUCCCAGGUGAGCAGUAGCAGCGCGGUUUCGGCGAUGGAGGCCGAGGAAAAGAAUUUGAAGGAAAGAUUGAUCGUGCUCGAGGAACAAAAGUUUUUCGUCAGCGAAAUGGUUGCUGACGCAAACAAGAGGAGGAAAUUUGACGAGGCAAAAAGCUUGCAAAGCAAUCUGCUAGAUCUUGGCAGAGAAAUUGAUUCUGUAAAUGGAAUGCUUGGACAGCUUGAUUUUGCAGGAGUCUAUGCGAGAGAACAGCCAGCUGGCGAUGAAGGUGGGCCUUUAGGAUUGGGAAAGUAA